AUGGCCGCGCAACCAUACGCGCCAGGCGUGCCGCCGCUUCUCCUCACCAAACGCCUCUCGUCCUUCCUCCAAUCCAAUCUUUCCGCGCACGUCCAUUCGGCACUCAUCACGACAAUCUCGGGUAAGCUGCUCUCGUACGCGUCUCGACAGCCCGUCAGCACUCUUCGCACCCAAUGCACCGUAGCCGCCUCGAUAUGGGCCAUACAAACCGCCGCCGCGGCGGAGCCGCGCGGAGGUCACCGACGCGCACAGAGAGGUCAUGAGCGUGAUGAUUCGGAGGAGGAAGACGAGGAGGAGGAGGAGGGCAGUGAAGAUGGCCAGUCGGCCAGGAAGGGAGAGAGUGCGCUCGUCGGGGCGCUACCGCCUUCGGCGUCCGCAGAGUCUGUCGCUUCGGCCCGUGCGGGACGGCCGAGGAGCAUAACGGUGCAGCUGUCCGGUGCCGUGGUGGUCAUAAGACCACUCAAGAGCCCGCUGCUCUUCAUUUGCAUUGGUCCUUCUUCAGGUGCCGUCGAUUCCGGUGCGGCUGCCGCCUCGGACCUACCAGAGGAGCAUGCGCCCGCCGCCGAUGGCUCGGGCAGCCCGCCCCAGGUUACGGUGUCUGCGGCGAUAGGCUCGCCCUCGGAGACGACUAGCGUUUUGAGCGCUGCCCCAUCCACUGCCGCCACGGUCACCAGCGUGGGCGCCUCUGCUGCCGUCUUGACAAGGCGGCAUGCCGAGGAGAUGGCGAAGUGGCUGGAUGACAAACUGGAGACACUCUGGGUUCCGGAUGAAGGUGCUGAUGCCCGAUGA